AUGUUAUUCUCCGCGCCGGAAUUCCAGUUCACUCGCGACGGCGUUUGCCAAAACCUCCGCUCGGACGGGAGAGAGAAUCACGAAUCGAGACCGGUGGAGAUUUCGUUGGGAAAUCACGAAAGUAAACUGAGUGAGAGUUUUAAUAAAAAGAAAAGGAACAACAUGAUGAUCAUCACGCGAGCGGUUGGACAAGCGAAAGUUCGCAUGGGGAAAGGAUCGUGCGGACGGACCGAGGUCGUGUGCGCGAUAACCGGGCAGGUGUGCAGUUUUGAUGAGGAUGAGGAAGAGGAUGAUGCUUUGUUGUUGUUUAUGGGGCAACGGCGAAGCGGAGGAGGAGGAGGAAGAGAUAAGACGGGAGGGAACGAGAAAGCGGGCACAUCUACUGCGGCGACGAUGCCUUCCGUAGAAGUUUACGUGGAAACGAUGUCGACGAGAAAUGUUGGUUCCGCCGUCGGCGGCGGCGGGAAAGGUCAACAUCAGCAACAAGUAUUCAACGAGACCGAUAAGUAUUGCGGCGAGUUGAAGAGAGAAUUGGAGUUUGCGUACGGGUCGAUGGAUUUGUUGAACAAGGAAUCUGGUUUGCGAAAGUCUUUGGAGAUUGGCGGUAGUAGUCAUGGGAAUGGUAGUAAACAAGGAGGCCGUCGGCGUCAUCGCUGGAAGUUACGGAUGGAUUUUUUAGUGCUCUCGGACGACGGGAACGCGUUGGACGCGUUGGCGAUUGCCGGGAAGUGCGCGUUGUUCGACGCACGGUUACCGAGAGUGAGAGUGAAACGAAGAGGUGAGGAUGAAGAGGUUGAGUUAGUGUCAGAUUCGGAAGAAGAAGAAGAUGAUGAUGAUGAUGACGAACAAUUAGAAAAAGGAAAAGAAAAGGAAUCGAAUAGCAGCAGUAGUAGUAACACGACGCUAGAUGUCUCAGACGUGCCUUUGAUUGCUACGGCGACGUAUUUCGGUAGAGCGCGGCAGCAAGAAGGAGUAACUACUAUGACGACGAUUACAAUAGACGACGAGGAGUUUUUACCAACCAUAGCGAUUGAUUGCGUCUCGAGCGAAGAGUCGUGCGGCGAUUUCGCGCUCGCGGUAUCCGCCACCAGAGAAGGUGCGGUGACUUCAGUGCAAAGAGUCGGCGGAUUUGGAAAUAGCAGCGCGAUGGCAGUCGAGAGCGACGUUUCAGAUAACGUGAUAAAGUUUGCGCGAAAGCACUGCGUGAAGAUACACGGAGAAAUCGAUUCGACGAAGAAGAUGAAGAUUCAUUGA